AUGGCAACCCCAUUCCGUCGCCUUGCAAAGGACCAUGCGGCACUGCGACAUUCUCUACCUCCAAACUACCUGUUCCCUGAAUCCGACGGUGCAUCGUCUCUUCCUGAAGAUCUCACCCAACUGGUGGUACUCAUAACUGGCGCCGAGGGAACACCCUACGCACACGGACUAUGGCGUUUGCAUCUCAAAAUGCCCAAUGACUACCCCAAGAAUCCUCCUAAAGCAACCUUCAAAACACGGAUCUAUCAUCCCAAUGUGGAGGAGUCUACUGGCGCAGUGUGCUUGGAGACCUUGAAAAGGGAUUGGGAUCCGAAGUUGACCCUCAAAGAUAUCUUGGUCACCAUUUCAUGUCUUCUGAUACAGCCAAAUCCUGACUCAGCAUUGAACGCCGCGGCCGGGGCCCUCGUACAAGAAGACUAUGAGGCAUUCUCGACGCAGGCGAAGCUGAUGACAAGCAUUCAUGCCCCCAUUCCAAGGCAUUUGAUCAAGGCCGUUCAAGAUGCAAAGCGACGAGGGGAGGACGAUGGAGCAGAGACAUUAGAAAGUGGUACCAAGCCCGAGGCUCAGAAUCCUCAAGAAGAAGUCGAAGAGGACAACACAAAAGAGAAUGAAACCACUGGAUUGUCGUCAUCGGCGGUACACACUCCAGUCGGUAUGCGGACAAAUGCAAGAGGAAAGCGACCUCUGUCAGAGUUGCCAUCUCCAGGGGAAUCAGACCAACACAAUGAGUCAAAUGGUGGACAGCCACUUGGUCAGCCCGUGGGUGACCCCAGAGAACCCACAAGAAAGUCUCCUAAACUCGUCCGUCCUGGUCCACUGAACAAUGACGGAGGGGCACAGAUACCAGACAGUGCAUAUGAUCAUGAAGAAGAAAAGGAAAACAUGACCUCGACGAGCAUGCCAGGAAAGCGGUCAAUGGCCCCAGCAGGGACGAUGUCGAGACCGACGGCUCUGCGAAAAGUUUCGAAUCUCGUGGCAGGGAAGAAAGGACAGCCACCACGUGUGGGAAUUCGGAGACUAUAA